AUGUCCCCAUCAAGCGAACCCCCGGGGCCAUGCCCAGGUGACGUUUCGGUCAGGAAGAACAAGCCCUCCGAAGCCAAGCGACACGAGGAAUACCAGUAUCUAGACCUGGUGCGAGAGAUUCUCGACAACGGCGAGCAUCGUCCUGACAGGACCGGAACCGGCACCUAUGCAAUUUUCGCUCCCACGCCCCUCAAAUUCUCCCUUAAUCGCAACGGCGAGCCGAUCCUUCCUCUCCUCACCACGAAACGUGUCUUCCUCAAGGCAGUAGUCGCUGAGCUCCUCUGGUUCGUCGAGGGUAAUACCUCGUCGCUAGCAUUGAGCGAGAAGGGUGUGAAGAUAUGGGAUGGCAACGGCUCCCGAGAGUUCCUCGAUGGCGUCGGCCUGUCGCACCGUGAGGUUGGUGAUCUAGGCCCCGUAUACGGCUUUCAGUGGCGACACUUUGGCGCCGAGUACGUAGACGCAAAGACGGAUUAUACCGGCCAGGGUGUAGACCAACUCGCUGAGGUUGUUCACAAACUACGGACGAAUCCCUACGACCGGCGCAUUAUUCUAUCGGCCUGGAAUGUUGCAGAUCUCAAGAAGAUGGCCCUCCCCCCUUGCCACAUGUUUGCCCAAUUCUACGUUUCUUACCCGCGGGACCGGACCACAGCACCCCCAGGACAACAAGAAGCGGAACGACCGAAGGGCCACCUGAAUUGCCAGCUCUACCAGAGGUCUUGCGACAUGGGCCUUGGAGUUCCCUUCAACAUCGCUAGCUACGCCUUAUUGACACAUAUGAUUGCGCAUGUCUGCGACCUAGUCCCGGGAACUUUCACGCACGUCUUGGGAGACGCCCAUGUGUACCUGGACCACGUCGAUGCCUUGCGGUUGCAGUUAGAGCGCGAGCCUCGCGACUUCCCAACACUCGAGAUUACGAGAGAGAAGGGCGGGAGCAUUGAUGGAUGGCAAGCUGAGGACUUUGUGGUGAAGGGCUACGACCCACAUAAGAGUAUAGCUAUGAAGAUGUCGGUGUGA